AUGAGGACCACGACCGCCGCCACGGCCCUGCUGGCCGCCACCCUGGCACCCCUCGCCCUUUCGGCACCCACGGCAGAACACCACGCCCAGCGCCAGCACCAGCAGCAGCAGCAGUAUGUCAAGCUGCACAAGCCUACGGGCGCGCCCUCGAUUGCCCACUCCAAGGACUUCACCUCGUUCUCGUUCGAGCCGGCCUUCUGGACCGAGUUCUUUGGCGAGGCAGAGACGCCCAACCAGCUCACCCUCUCGCUCCUCUCGCGCCUCAGUGAGCGCGGCGCGCGCCCCGUCAUCCGCCCCGGCGGCAUCACCAUGGACAGCAUGAUCUUUGACCCCGCCGCCACCAAGUCGGCCGUGCGCACCACCAACGCAAAGGGCGGCGUCUACCGCACCACGAUCGGCCCGUCGUUCUACAAGGCCUGGGACAACUUCCCCGAGGGCACCGGCUUCGUCUCGACGCUCAACUUUGGCAACGACUCGUACGACAUUGCGCGCGACCUCGCCGCCGCCUCGCACCGCUACCAGCGCGACAAGAUCCGCCACUUUGAGCUGGGCAACGAGCCGACAAACUACGUCUCGACGCGCUGGCAGAACAAGACCGACGCCUACGUCGCCCAGUGGAAGGACUGGACCGGACGCAUCGACGCCGAGCUCGACAACCCCAAGCGCUCCUGGUGGGCCUCGUCGGCCACGACCGACAAGACGGGCCUCGAGGUGAGGCCCGCCGCCCUCAUCCCCGCCGGCAUCGACGACCAGAAGCAGGUGGGCCAGUACAGCAUCCACUCGUACGCCUUUGCCACGUGCGACCCCAAGCGCGACGCCCUCGCCACCAUCCCAAACAUCCUCAACCACACCCACCUGCUCGAGUACGCCGACGUCGAAAUCUACCCCUCGGCCAAGGCCGCCCUCGACGAGGGCAACCAGUGGAUCGUCGGCGAGUUCAACAGCGUCGCCUGCUCGGGCAAGCCCAACGUCACCGACACGUUUGCCCAGGCCCUGUGGACCGUCGAUACCGACCUCAUCUACGCCGAGCGCAACGCCUCGGCCGUCUACCUCCACCAGGGCGCCACCCUCGUCUUCCAGUCCAGCCAGCAGUCCAACACGGCCGGCGACGACGGCGGACCCGGCUUCUCGGCCUACAGCCUCCUCUACCCCGUCGACUCGUCCAAGCGCGGCAAGGCGCGCGUCAACCCGGGCUUUGUUGGCCAGCUCUUUGUCACCGAGGCGCUGGGCACCGAGCGCGUCGCCUCGCUGCCGGCGCCCAAGGGCGUCGAUUCAGACUACUUUGCCGCCUACGCCUUCUACGACCGCGACGAGGGCAAAAAGAUCCGCAGGGUGGCCGCCAUCAACUCCAAGCCCUACUACGGCAAGACGGGGGGCAACAAGCGCGACUCGAGCGACAACGCGGUGCACCUCGACCUCUCGUCGCUGAUGCCCGCCGCCUUGAAGGGCAAGAAGGCAUGGCUCAAGAGGAUGACGGCACCCGCCGUCAACGAGACCGACACGGCGCGCGUGACGUGGGCGGGCCAGAGCUUCAAGCAGGCCGUCCCAGAGGGCAAGGUCGACAUCGAGAGGGUGCCCAAGGACGGAAAGGUCGAGGUGCGCGACAGCGAGGCCGUCCUCGUCUUCUUCUACGAGGACGACGUCUUCCGCCAGUAG